AUGGGCACAGCUUGGAAUGACGCCUCCCGACUGGCCACGGAUUUCGUGUCGCAGCUAAGCACCGCCGAAAAAGUGGGCAUCGUCACGGGAAACUACCUUACUCCGGGUCUGGACUGCGUAGGCUCAAUUGGCGCUAUUGAGAGACUUGGAUUCCACGGUAUCUGCUUGUCAGAUGGACCGAGUGGUUAUUCGCGAGCAGACGGCGUUAGCGUGUUUCCUUCUGGAAUCACCACGGCAGCUACAUGGGAUAAGGACCUCAUGUAUUUGCGCGCUGUCGCUCUAGGAGAGGAGUUCAGAGAAAAAGGAUCACACGUCCAUCUAGGACCGUCUUCAGGGCCUAUGGGCCGUCACGCCCGCGGAGGCCGCAACUGGGAGGGUUUUGGCCCUGACCCUUACCUGGCAGGCAUCGCCAUGAAUGCUUCGGUCUGGGGCAUUCAAUCUGUCGGCGUACAAGCCUGUUCGAAGCAUUACAUUGGAAACGAACAAGAAACCCAACGAUCCUCCACUGUUAACGAGAACGGGGUAACGACUGAAGCCAUCUCUGCCGACAUUGACGACCGCACCUUGCACGAGUUGUACCUAUGGCCCUUUGCAAAUGCUGUAAAGGCUGGGACAGCGAGUGUCAUGUGUUCCUACAACCGGGUCAACGGAAAUUAUUCUUGCGCAAACUCCGAGAUGAUGUCCAUUCUCAAGGACGAGCUGGCGUUUCCAGGCUAUGUUGUGUCCGAUUGGUCUGCAACUCACGACACGCUGGGCCCCGCUAAUGCCGGGCUCGACAUGGAAAUGCCUGGCAACAUACCCUUGGCUGGACCCCAUUAUUUUGGCGAUUCGCUGCUGUACGCAGUCGGAAAUGGUUCCGUGUCUAUGGACCGUCUUACAGACAUGGCCGAAAGAGUCAUGAGACCCUACUUUCUUCUCGGUCAAGACAGCGACUUCCCGUCUGUCGACCCAUCUGCCGGCGCUGUGUUUUGGACUUAUCAAUACGGGCAUCGGAUCCCAACGCCAGGAGGCCUCUAUCCGGCAGUCGAAGCCCGCGACGUCCGCAGAGAACACGCAGCGCUCAUCCGGACCUUGGGUGCUGCGGGAACAGUUCUCUUGAAGAACACAAACGGUACUUUGCCUCUGAAAAACAUGACCAACGUCGGUGUUUUCGGAAACGACGCCCCUUACCCGUCCAAGGGCUCAGUGUACCUCGACCUCAGCCAGUCUUUGGGUUUCGAUAUGGGUACUCUCGAUAUCGGCGGUGGCUCCGGCACCGUUCGGCACACGAACUUGGUGGCACCCUUUGAUGCUAUUCGGAACCAUGUCGAGUCCAUGGGUGGGCGAGUACAAGCAAUCUUCGACAAUGAGGAAUUGGUUGACGACCGCUUCAGGACAAUCUACCCAGUUCCCCAAGUCUGUUUGUUGUUUCUCAAAUCGUUCGCUACUGAGGGCAAAGACAGGGAUUCCGCCGAACUCCAGUGGAAUGCGACAAAGGCUGUUGAAAACACGGCGGCAAUUUGCCCAAACACAGUUGUCAUCGUCCAUGGGCCUGGCGUUGUUCUUAUGCCGUGGGCAGACAACCAAAACGUUACAGCCAUUCUUGCAGCGCAUUAUCCUGGAGAACAGACGGGAAACUCAAUUGUCGAUGUACUCUGGGGCGCUGCCGAGCCGUCCGGCCGGCUUCCAUACUCAAUCCCAAAGAACGAGUCAGAGUAUGGUCCGGAUAUCGUCAAUUUGACAGCGCCAGUAUCUGAUCCAAACGAAUGGCAUUCGGCCUUCACCGAGGGCCAGAUGAUUGACUAUCGACAUUUCGACCAAAACAACAUCGCGCCACUGUACGAGUUUGGCUUCGGGCUAUCCUACACAGAGUUCGACAUGGACGAAAGUCUAGCCGUUAAUGUCAGUCGCGGGUUGUCUGCUAUUGCAAAUGCUUCCAACGGGAUCGAACCUGGCGGGUUGAGUGAUCUAUGGGAACAAGUGGCCACGGCAACAGUCGGAAUCAAGAACGUGGGAGGUUCGAAGGGCUCUGCCGUGCCUCAGCUUUAUCUGUCUUUCCCCCAGAACACAACGCCAGAGGGCACGCCAGUAAAGGUUCUCCGAGGGUUCGAAAAGGUGCGUCUUGAUCCUGGAGAGUCGCAGACAGUGGUGUUUUCACUCGCGAGAAGAGAUCUGAGCUUUUGGAACACCAAGGAACAGAGGUGGACUAUUCCGGAAGGGAGCUUCCAAUUCAAGGCCGGAUUCAGCUCCAAGGAUAUCAGGGCUGGUGCUAGUGUCCAGGUGCUUUCUUAG